GAGUGCGUCACGUGGUUCUGCUCUUACAAAUAACUCGCAGUAAAGUAGAGAGCGAAUCAGAGAACAGUUAUAUUAGGCAUUAUCUGCAGCAGAGCAGCUUUACCUCCAGAUACAGGCGACACGUCCAAACGCAGAGAGGACAACUACAAGUGUUUCGUGUACUAUCUGUCUCGUUUGAAUUCUGGGCUGAAGUCAAGGAGAAAGAAGAGAGUGGGAAGUUCAGCGGGGAUAUUCCAUCAAGUCACUUGGAAAAGAGGGUUCCUGGCUUUAUCACUAGCCGUCCUUAUCUGGAGUGAAUUCCCUUUUUUUCUCUGAGGCUACUGUUCAAGAAAACGUUGCAUUGGAGAUUUUGGACGUUAUCUAAAAUCAUCUGGGCGAAUUUCAAGAUAUCUGAAAGGAUAGCUUAGUCAUUGGAUACAAAAAUGUAUUCGAGCCUGGCUAUAUCUUCCAACCCGUCCCCCUACGCACACGAUACCGGGAACUACAUCCAUCCGUCCGCGAGCUCACCUGUGUAUGUGCCCACCACCCGUGUACCUGCCAUGCUCCAGACCUUGCCCUACCUACAGACGUGUGAGUCCACCCACCAGGGCCACGGGCUCGGCAGUCACCACGCCUGGCCACAGACUGGCACGGAGAAUUCCUCUUUCAACCCGGGCAGCCCUCACCCUCCGCCCGGUUUCUCGUAUUCGCACAGCCCGCCGGUAAGCAGCAGCACCGGCAGGGACGCCGCGUACCAGAACCCGCUGGUGCUGAGCAACGGCGGCCGGGCGGAUCAGUAUGGAAGCGCCCUGGUGCGCUCCGUCGGUGGCUCCUACUCCAGCCCGUACGCGGCCUACAUGAGCCCGGAGAUGGCAACCUCAUGGACGCCGGGACCCUUCGAUGGCGGCAUGAUCGGUCUUCAGGGACGCCAGGGAAGUCUGCCGGGAAGGAGGUCCAGUUUAGACAUGCUGGAGGAUCUGCCGUGUGAAGGGCGCGAGUGUGUGAACUGCGGCUCCAUCUCGACGCCGCUGUGGAGGAGAGACGGGACCGGACACUACCUGUGCAACGCGUGCGGCCUCUACCACAAGAUGAACGGCAUCAACCGACCUCUGAUCAAACCACAGAAACGUCUGCAGAGCACGUCACGGCGAGCUGGUCUGUGUUGCACUAACUGUCAUACCAGUACAACCACACUGUGGAGGAGAAAUGCAGAGGGAGAGCCCGUCUGCAACGCCUGCGGUCUAUACAUGAAGCUCCACGGGGUACCAAGGCCAUUAGCAAUGAAGAAAGAAAGCAUUCAGACAAGGAAACGCAAACCAAAGAUGCCCAAAACCAAAGCAUCCUCAGGGUCAACAGUGUCUGGCUCUACGUCUCCCACUUCAUUGCCUGUGUCAGAGAACGCCUCUACGAUAAAGAGCGAACCCAACAUCGCAGCUUCUCCGUAUGCGGGCCAAACUGUUGUCUCAGUCACACAGACAUCAACACAGUUGGACAGUGCCAGUUCAGCACAUGUGGACAUCAAAUAUGAGGACUACACAUACACCCCGACGUCAAUCGCCCCACAGAACUCCUGGUGCGCGCUGUCCCAAGCGUGAUCCGGGACCUUCUCGAAACCUCGCCAGUGCAUUCUGGGAGAAAAGACUUUUGACAAGAUCUACCUAUUAGAACAUUUACACAAAUGCAGACAGACGGAGCUUAGGAGCGCAAGAGAUCGACUGUAAUUUGUGCUGCUUUGCCUCGCUGAUUCAUCGCGGCGUGUCUGUCAGUGACGUCACGGCCGAUUCACGCAAUUCCACCAAAAUACGGCGGGCGACGAGCAGAGACUCGGUUCUCCAGUUCCUUAAGCAAUGAUCGGGAGGACAAAAAACAUGCUUUUUAUGGCUUCUGAACAUGUUUCAUGGCUUAGAUGUUAAUGAUUAACUUUUAAGAAACAUUAUUUAUGUUGAGAUAAGAAUAGUGGAGGCACACAAGUCUCUCCCAUAAUUCCCCUUAUCCUUCAGGGAAUGCGUCUUUAUGGUGGUUAUGACUUUAGAUCGCAUAUUUUCCCUGGAUGAGGUUUUUAAAAGUUUCCUUGUUGUCUUUGCUGAUCCCAGACUUGUAUUCCUCCGAUGAUCCGAAGUGCAAUGACCCUCACUUUUCAGCAAAUUUUGAAAAGGCACACAUUUAUUUUAAUUGUUCGAAAUUUUGUGUUUUGUUUUGUCAGAAUAUGUUAACCUAAAUUUAUUUGCUGUAUUUUGUUGAUAUAUUGGAAUUAUAUCGUUGUUUUAUUGCAUAUAAAAUUGCCAAACAUUUGA